AUGGGGGAGGUCAGAGCGGCGGAGAGUCCCGCCCCUCGCCAGAUGAAGACUCGAGCUGAGCGCUUCCAUCUCAGCAGAGCCGCAGAACCGUCCCGCCGUGUGGAGUCCGGUCGCGUCGAGCUUCCGUCUGUCAGCGCGAAGUUUUCUGUACUUAAAAGUCGCUUCUGCAGACACGCUCGACUCUUCUACCGACGGAGUGUCUUGCGCGUGCGUCCAGCCGUCCUGGUGUACCCGGAAAACGUCACCAUCGCCUGGAAGGAAACGGCGACGUUCAAAUGUCAGGCGACCGGCAACCCGCCUCCGGCUAUCUUCUGGUACAAGGAGGGAAGUCAGAUCCUGCACUUCCCCGGUAAGACCGCCGGGCGGCUUCGCGUGUCCAACAGCGGCGAGCUGAUCAUCCGGCGGGUGAGUAACGAGGACCAGGGCUGGUACGUCUGCAAGGCGCUCAGCGUCUCCGGAAGCGUCACCGGGAAAACAUACCUCAGGGUGGACGACUCUAACCGUACAGCCUGUGAGGAGAUGGUGAUCCCGAUGUGCGUGGACCUGCCCUACUCCAUAACCAGCGUGUGUGUGUGUGUGUGUGUGCGUGUGCGUGUGUAUGUUUACUCUAACCGUACAGCCUGUGAGGAGAUGGUGAUCCCGAUGUGCGUGGACCUGCCCUACUCCCUGACGUCCUACCCGAACUUCCUGGGCCACGCCAGCCAGGCCACCGCAUCCGCGGAGAUCAUGCGGUUCCACCCGCUCGCCAAGAUGCCGUGUUCUCCCGACAUCCUCAGCUUCAUCUGCACGCUCUACGCGCCGCCCUGCGACAAGAAGACGGCUGACGGGACCGCGCUGCCGCCAUGCCGGGAGUUCUGCCAGAGCAGCAGGCGGGGCUGCGAGAACCUGAUGAACAAGUUCGGGUUCCAGUGGCCGCGCCAGCUGGAGUGCAGCCGAUUCCCCGAGGAGAACACGAGUAACGGCUGCAUCAGUAAGGACACCAUGGUUCCUGCAGAGGUCACGCUGCUGCCAGUUAUCAACAACGAACCUGCACGCCCCCCUCACAUCUCCCCCACCUUCCCGAAGAAGCUGAUAGUUGGCGCCGGGAAGGGGGCCCCUCCCACCAUCCAGGCGACGUUUGGAGACUACAUCCACGCCCGGUCCGGACAGACUUUCCAGCUGGACUGUAUCGCUGAGGGGAACCCAAAACCUGCCGUCAUGUGGAGGCGGAAGGGUACAGAGGAGUACUUUAAGAACCCGCUGGCGUUCUCUAAGGUGGAGUACACGGCUGAGGGCGCGUACGAGUGCGUGGCGUCCAGUCCGCACUUCCCGGAGGCAAUCAAGGAGACGUACAUAGAUGUCAAAGGAAAGCCGGAAGUGGACCUGGAGGGCCCCCAGACCGUCCGGGCACGGGAAGGUUCUACCGUGUCUCUGACGUGCCGAGUGACGGCCGACCCCCCCACAGACUACCCCGCCUGGUUCGCCAACGGACGGGAGGUCAGUCCGGAGGACAACGGGCUGCAGGGGUGGGAGGUCAUCUACGAGACGGAUCAGGGGAAGACGCGGACGACGCUGUUCUUCGGUAACGUGACGUCACGGCACGCGGCUGUCUACACCUGCAGGGCCAACAAGUUCGGCUACGGCCAGAAAACCUUCGACAUGCGCAUCCAGGACCGCAGUAGAAAGUGUGAUGACCUGACCGUGCCGCUGUGCCAGGGUCUCGACUAUAACUCCACCCGCCUGCCCAACGCGCUCGGACACGCCACGCAGGAGCAGGUCGCCCGGGAGGCGCACCAGUUCUGGCCGCUCGUCGAGAUAGAGUGCUCGCCUUUCUUCAGGAGUUUCCUGUGCUCUGUGUUCGCCCCUCCAUGUCACGAAGACAGCCCUGACGCCGUUCCACCAUGUAAGGAGAUGUGUGAGAGCAGCUACAGCAGCUGUGCGGAAAUCCUGAGACAGUACGGCCUCAGCUGGCCGGACAGCAUGAACUGUUCGCAGUUCCCGUCUUACUACGGAGACCAGGAGUGUAGCGGCUGGGCCCCCGAGCUGGACUGGACGCCGAUGCCUGACACGGCGCCGCCCGUCGACGACAACGCUGUUCCGGAGGAACCGGAGCAGAAAAUCUUCAACGAUGAACAGUAUGCCUUAUUAGGGCGAGCCCUGCCGACCUGCGAACAGCUGGUUGACUGUAACCUGGACUGCGAGUACGGCCCCAAGUUUGACGAGAACCAAUGCCCGAUCUGCGAAUGUGGAGAUAACCCAUGUAAGGAGACGAGUUGUGGGGAGUACGAGGUGUGCGCGCUCCAGCCCAUCCAGUGCCUCAGCCCGCCAUGUUCCCCUCUGCCGUACUGCAAACCGGUACCCUUCAGCACAAACGCCGAAAGGCAGAGCAUUUACUGGUUGGACCUGGAGCCGUCCAGCAAAGGGCUGGACUCGGUGGACCAAUUGGAGCGGUUCUUACAGAUGCUGGAGGAGCACAACGCCACGAUUUUACACGCGAUGAAGAUACCCUCGUCAUCAUUUAUGGCAGUCGUGCAGGUGAACUCGGCGUCCACAGUAGACGUGGUGACUGCGCAGGACCAGAGCGGCGAGCGGCUGAUGGUCUCGGUCCGGAGUUUCCUCAUGGUGCCGUACGAGGACUACUGGAGGGAGGUGUUCGGGUUCCGGGACCAGCCGCUGGAGGACGAUGCUGAUCAUGAGGAGCUCAUCUCUACCAGCACCGACACCGAGACGGCCUGGUACUACUUCGUGGACUUCAUCCUCAAGCGCACAGACAUGCCGUCCAGCCGGUUGCGGGACCAGCUGCGGAUGGUGAAGACUCUGACCUGCCCUCUGUACGAGGACGCACGGCAAACACUUGCCACCGAAGUCCGGUGGAUGAUGCGCAUUCCGGGGCCGCUCAGUCUGGAGAAGGUCCUGCUGAGGCUUCCCGUCGUGCAACACUUCAAGAAUGACGUGGAGGUCAAGGUCAGCAGCUACCUGCCGCUGCAGGACUACAAGAGCGCGCUGCAGGCGGCGCGAAGGCCGGAAACACCCGAGUAA